AACAUGUGAGAGUUUGAUGUGGUCAUACUUAAAGCCCUCGCGCAUCGCUCGAUCGUGCUGUAUAGUUCAUUUGCCCUUUGUCUGAUCAAGCAGAUCGCAAGGUCUGCGCACUACUCUCAGCGAGACGUGAAAAUGGCACCGAAAAAAGAGAAAAAUAUGGCCGGGGUAGUACACGGUAUAGAGGACUUUCGUGUGGAGGAAAUACCGAUCCCAACACCACGGGACAAUGAGGUGCUGCUGCGAAUGGAUUGCGUUGGAAUCUGUGGUUCUGAUGUGCACUACAUAUCGCACGGAGGAUUCGGUGAUUACAAGCUCAAGGAGCCCCUCGUACUGGGGCACGAGUCAUCCGGUGUAGUUGCGGCCGUUGGGUGCCAGGUUACGCAUCUAAAGGUAGGCGAUCGGGUGGCGAUUGAACCGGCCAUCGGUUGCCACACGUGUCGACACUGUAAGGAGGGACGCUACAAUCUCUGCUCCAAAGGGAUUUACUGUGCUACGACGGGACAGGGUAACCUGUGCAACUACUACACGCACGCGGCCGAUUGCUGCUUUAAGUUGCCACCGAACGUGACGAUGGAGGAGGGUGCUCUGCUGGAACCGCUCGCCGUUGCCGUACACUGUUGUCGACGGGCUGGUGUACGCCUUGGCCGUACGGUGCUCAUCCUCGGUGCCGGUCCCAUCGGAUUGGUCACGGUGCUAGUGGCGAAAGCGAUGGGUGCUGGUCGGAUCUGUUCCGUUGAUCUGAUGGAGAGUAAACUGGAGCUGGCGAAGGAGCUUGGAGCCGACGCAACGCUCGCCGUAAGUGGACACGAUUCGGAGGAGGAGUUGGUAAGACGCAUCCAUUUACUGCUUCUCGGCGAGGCACCGGACAUCAGUAUCGAUUGCACGGGCUCGGAAGCGUGCGUUCGGCUAGGUAUUGCGGCCACCAUUGCUGGUGGUGUGAUGAUGUUGGUCGGAAUAGGUGAGAUCAAUCAACGUCUCCCGAUCACGACCGCGCUUGUCCGUGAGAUCGACAUACGCGGUGCAUUCCGAUACGCAAAUUGCUAUCCGGCGGCUCUGGCGCUGAUAGCGAGUGGAACCAUCGAUGCCCGGAAGCUCAUCACCCAUCACUACGACCUCUCGCAGUCGGUUGAAGCGUUCAAAACCUCACGUUACGGCUUGGAUGGUGCCAUUAAGGUUAUGAUUCAUUGUCAACCCAGGAACACAAAUAAUCCCGAGCGGAAAUUCUAGUCGCUAUUAGAGGGGAAUACUGAGGUUUCGCUUUGUGGUGUGGGUCUAAUGGUAGUUGUUGUGCCCUGAAACAAUAAAAGGAAAAAAUAGAGAAUGCACUCGUUGAUUUUACAUUGACCUAGUGCCGGUAGCAGCCUCAAACACA